AUGUCAUCAAAGAGAUCACCACUUGGUACGAUUACCAACAAGACUGUCAAUGUUAUAAACAAGACAACAACUCCGACAUCAGGUGUCAAGAAGCAAACACAAUCAUCAUCAUCGAUUCAAAAGUCAAAGACUAUUGUCAAAUCGACAACUACUCCAACUGCAAGCAAUCUAUUUAAAAAACCUAUUGGUGGAGGUAUCAAUAAGACUUUAAAUAAUAAUAAGAAAACAACAACUAGUACUCCCUCUCCAACAACAUCAUCUUCAUCAUCCUCAACACCAUCAAUAUUGUCAAUGAGUAGCAUUCAUGAUGCAGUACUUGGCAACCAUCUUUCUCCAUUACCAAGUUCUCUUACACCCAAUCAAACCCCAUCACCAUUUGAUUCAUACAAUACCCAUGCAAACAAUAUAUCAUUGAAUGAUUCAAGUUAUGAACAUGACUUUUCAUUUACCAUGUCACCUCCAAAGAUCAAUGAUUUAACUUCUACCACUACGAAUGCUGCUACUACUACUACCACUGGUAAUACCAAGCCCCCUACCACAUCUUCUACAUUACCAAUAAUAACUGGAAUUAAAAAGAAAUUUGAUGGUCCAAAGAGUUUAUUAAAGAAAUCAUUUAAUCAUAACAAUAAUAUUAUACAUCAUGGUGGUGGUGGUGAACAACAACCAUCCCAACCACAUCAUAAUCAUCUAGACUUUACAUUUUCAUUUAGUUCAGAUGCCGGAACUAUUAAUCCAAAUCAUCAUGAAGAUUUAUUGUCAUGUUCACAACUUAAACAACAACCAUCAUCUACAACUACAUCAGUUCCAAUAGCACCAUUAUCAACAAUUAAUCAAUUAUUGGCAAGAAAUCCAUCAUUGAUUUUAACAAAAUCAGCUCAAAAAAAAUUGGUUACACCAGAGGAUAUAAGAUCAAGGGUUCUUCACCUUGAUACACUUGCACAAAAUCUUCGUAAUCAAUUUGAACAACAACAAAAGGAAUCUGAAAUUGAAAUGGAAAGAGAAAAGGAAUUAAGUUCAUCAAAACCACCAAGAAUGUCACUUGCCUUACCAGAUAUCCGUACACAAUUGGAUUAUGAAGAAAAAUGUAAAGAGAAUCAUAGACAAAAAGAAGAAAUCAUAUCUUUAAAUAAUAUUAUUGAAACUUUAAAAUCUGAUCAAUAUGAUAAUCAAUCAUUAAAGGAUAAUAUAAAAGAAUUAAAUGAUAAAAUAUAUUUACUUUCAAAUAAUAAUAUGGAGAAUGAAUUAAAAGCUAAAACCGAGUUGGUUAUGAAUCAACAAAUGGAAAUCAAUCGAUUGUCUCAACUAUUGGAAAAGGGACAAAAAGAAAUUCAACAUUUAUUGGAAAAGAGUCAUCGUGACGAAGCACUUAGAAAGGUACUUCACAAUACCAUCCAAGAAUUAAAAGGAAACAUUAGAGUAUUUUGUAGAAUCAGACCAUUUUUAUCAAACAAACAAAUAGAAAACCCUCCUAUUUAUAAUUUACCAAAUAAUUCUGAUAAUUUAAUUGAUAUUUCUGUUUUGUCAUCAAGUGCAAUUGGAACUCAAUCAAUUAAAAAAGCAUCAUAUACAUUUGAUAAAAUAUUUGAUACAAAUAGUAGUCAGGAAAUGGUAUUUGAAGAAAUAUCACAACUUGUACAAAGUUCACUUGAUGGUUAUAAUACUUGUAUAUUUACUUAUGGACAAACAGGAUCAGGAAAAACAUUUACGAUGGAAGGAAAUGGAAAUGAGGAGAAUCGUGGUAUGAUCCCAAGAACAGUUGAAAAAAUAUUUAAUAGUGCACAGUCGUUGGGUAUGAAUGGUUGGCAAUACGAGAUGGAAGCAUUCUUUUUAGAGAUUUAUAAUGAAACCAUUAAUGACCUUUUAAUAGUGGACAAGGUCAAUGGUAACAUCAAGUAUGAUAUUAGACAUGAAGGAACUAGUAUUACCCAUAUCUCCAAUUUGACAACGGUCAAGGUAUGCAAGGCUGAAGAUGUCUUUGAAUUAUUGGGUAUUGCCUCUAAAAAUAGAGCAGUUGCCAAGACACUUUGUAACGAUCGAUCAUCACGUUCACAUAGUGUUUUCCAACUCCGAAUCAAAGGAACCAAUUCCAUCACUGGUAUAAAGACAAUGGGUAUUUUGAAUCUUAUCGAUUUGGCUGGUUCGGAAAGAUUGUCAAAGAGUGGUGCAUCAGGAGACCGUCUAAAAGAAACACAAUCAAUCAACAAGAGUUUAAGUUGUCUCUCUGAUGUCAUAUCGGCACUUGCCAACAAGGAACAACACAUUCCAUACAGAAAUUCAAAGUUAACCUAUCUCUUGCAAAAUAGUCUGGGUGGUAAUUCCAAAACUUUAAUGUUUGUAAAUAUUUCUCCUGAAUCUGGUGAUCUUCAAGAAACAAUGAGUUCUUUAAGAUUUGCAUCAAAAGUUAAUAGUUGUGAACUUGGUGCAGCUAGAAAACAAUCAAGUUAA